GUGACAUCACUAAUAAAGAGUUUAAAAGUGGGUAAUGCCAGUGCUCGGGCAGUCAACAUGUUCGCCCUCAUCCUAGCAUCAGUGCUCAUCGCUAGCGCCUUUGGGUGUGGAAAACCACCCAUUGAGCCUCUCAUCACUCGUGUGGUCAAUGGAGAGGAAGCCAGACCCAACAGCUGGCCCUGGCAGAUCUCUCUGCAGUAUGAGAGCGGUAGCUCCUGGUAUCACACUUGUGGUGGAUCUAUCAUUGCCGAAAACUGGGUGAUGACUGCUGCUCACUGCAUCAGUUCUGGGCGCAACUACAGGGUGUACAUUGGUAAGCAUGACCUGUCCGUAAAUGAGGAGGGCUCAAUGGCCAUCAGUGCUCAGAAGAUCAUUGUGCAUGAGAAAUGGAACUCCAUGUUUGUGGCUCUUGGAAACGACAUUGCCCUGAUCAAGUUGUCCCAGCCUGUGACACUGAGUGACACUGUUCAUCUGGGCUGCAUUCCUCCUGCUGGCUCCACCCUCCCAAACAACUACCCUUGCUACAUCACAGGCUGGGGAAGAAUCUCCACUGGAGGCUCUCUUCCUGACAGACUGCAACAAGCACUGCUGCCCGCUGUGGAUCACGCUACCUGCACCAUGUCUGACUGGUGGGGCUCCUCCGUCAAGGAAUCUAUGGUCUGCGCUGGGGGAGACGGCAUUGUCGCUGGCUGCAAUGGUGACUCUGGCGGUCCUCUGAACUGUAAGAACUCUGACGGCAUCUGGGAGGUGCACGGUAUUGCCAGCUUCGUUUCUGGUUUGGGCUGUAACACCAUUAGGAAGCCUACUGUUUUCACCCGUGUUUCCUCUUUCAAUGACUGGAUCGACAAGGUCAUGAUGGAAAAUUAAGGCGGACCAAGGAUGCUGACUAAUUUAAUUCAAAAAAA